CGUGUGUUGUUCACGCUGGUCUCUUGGCUGCAUUUGCGCUGUUAAAGUUUCGUUAGCUCCUGGUUUGCAUUCGCGUUGUGACUUACUGAACUUUAUCAAGGAUUUUGUGCUAUCUUCUAAAUGGGGAGACCUGGUUUUUCACCAAGAGGUGGCGGUAGAGGGGGUUUUAGAGGAGGAGGAAGAGGGGGCGGCAGAGGCGGAUUCGGUGGCAGAGGUGGUGGUGGGCGUGGUGGAUUUGGCGGAGGUGGGCGUGGCGGAUUUGGUGGCCGAGGCGGGGGUAGAGGAGGACCCCGUGGUCGUGGUGGUCGAGGUGGAGGAGGGUUCAGAGGUGGAAGGUCAACAGUCGUUGAACCCCAUAAGCAUCCAGGAAUAUUCGUAGCUAGAGGAAAAGAUGACGCUUUGUUGACGAAAAAUCUUGUUCCCGGGAACACCGUCUAUGGAGAAAAGAAAGUGGAAGUUGAGAAUGAUGGCAUAAAGAUUGAAUACAGAGCGUGGAAUCCAUAUCGGUCAAAACUUGCUGCAGCAGUUCUAGGAGGAAUCGGCCACAUUCACAUGAAACCAGGAUGCAAGGUCCUUUAUUUAGGAGCAGCAUCAGGAACAACAGUAUCUCAUGUGUCUGAUAUUGUAGGACCAGAAGGUCUUGUAUAUGCAGUUGAAUUCUCUCACAGAUCGGGUCGAGAUUUAUUGAAUGUUGCAAAGAAACGAACGAAUAUCAUUCCCAUCAUUGAAGACGCCAGACAUCCUCACAAGUACAGAAUGCUUGUCGACAUGGUGGACACAAUAUUUGCUGAUGUUGCACAACCUGACCAAACAAGAAUCGUAGCGUUGAAUGCUCAUCAUUUUCUAAAGAACGGCGGACAUUUUGUAAUUUCUAUAAAGGCCUCUUGUAUUGACUCUACGGCAAAACCAGAAGCAGUUUUUGCUUCCGAGGUCAAGAAAAUGAAGAUGGAAAAAAUGAAACCGAAAGAACAGCUAACCCUUGAACCCUACGAGAGAGAUCACGCUGUCGUUGUUGGAAUGUAUCGUCCACCAGCGAAAAAGGAAGAAUGAGGGAUUUUGAGACUUUAUAUGAGUUUAAUGACACUGCCAAAUCAUGUGCCUCAUUCCCAUGGUGCAUUUGUUGGGCGGCGUGUAUCGUAUUGGGGACUUUAAAUAAAUUUAACACUGCCAAAUCGUGUGCCCGGCUUCUAUGGUGCAUUCGUUGGCCAUUGAGGCGCGAAUGGAAGACGCGUUCAACCAACUAUUUUCAAUAUAGUUAUAAAUAUACUGUUUCUGAAUCUACCAAGUCUGAAAUACUGAGAACAUAUGGGGUGUCCAUAAAGUCUUAAAUUUUUUCCAAAUUGCAAAUGGAAUUUACCGAUACCAUACAUUGUUUUGGCCCUCACAGAUGUAUCAAAUGAAGUAAAAAUACUCAAACGAUUACUCAUUAAAAAACAACAAACCUGGUUAAGGUAUAAUGAGAACUGAAUUCAAAAAACAGAACUGAAAUUGUAGUAACUUCAUGAACGCCCUGCCCAGUACUUUAAAAAAAUACACACAGGGCAGUGUUUUUCCAGUUGCCUUGGAUUUUUAAUUUCCACCCUUCUAACUUCUCUCAUUGCGAGGUACAAAAUACAAACUUUUUUGUCAGCCAAAUAGUAGCUGUCAAUGUGCUUUCAGCCCGUUGUGUCAUCUGUAUUUGACAGACCAAUUAUAUUGUAUGUAUGACCGGGGUCUCAAACAUUUUUUUUUUUAGGUCUGACCCCCCCACCCCCCCUUCAGAAUGUGAAAAAAAGCAUUCUUCGGUAUGAUACAUAGCAAUUUUCCUUAGCUUUGACACCUAGGACUCUGGCUGUUACAGUCUAACUUGCUAAUUAUAAAUUCCCGUUGCAGGUUUUUGGAUUCAAUUCGAAGUAUUCUAGAAUAGUAAACUAUUCUGAAUUACCCAUAUCUACAUGACACAAUUAUUUCCUAUAUUUGAUUUGUUAUGGACAUCCCUUGAAAUGGUCCUCUGUCACACAUAAUAUCAAUCCAUCAUGAUUUCUUCUGUACUUGGUAUUUAGUUGGUGUGGUUUUUUAAAUGCUGCUUUUGUAUCAGCAUUUUAUCUUUCUAAUACAAUGAUAAUAAUGGAAAAACA